GUUGAUUGAAGAUGAGACAUGGCGCUCGACUGUGGCUCUCCACGCGACCCCCAUGCUCCACAGCUGUCGUUUGCUGGCUGCUUGUACAAUCUCUCGCGUGGAGCAGCGUAGCAGCACGCGCGACAACCCACGAUUUGCAUGAACAGGCCGAUGCAGCCGCGGAAUGUGCCGUCGAACGGUGGAUCGAUGCGAUGACCGAUGCCUCGACCUGUGCGCUGCGUAACACCAGUCCACUCACGACGCCUCACGAUGGAAAUAGCGAGCCGCACUGGCUGUGGAAUGACUUGGCGGAUGGGAUCAUUUCUCCGUACUCUGGGUUCUCGAACCUGACGUGGCCUGAUUUUCUCAACCAAUCAACCGAUUGGACUGCGAUUCGAGCAAGUUUCAUAGAGUGUGUGCUCGCAACGUGGAGCGCUGUGAUCGCUUGGCUCUUCCUCCUUCGCUUGCUGUCCGUUCCUGUGCUGGCGGGGCUGUUGAUGGUGGUCGAAUCUUUGCUGCCCCAUACGAGAUCGCUCGUGCUCUCGGCCUACCAGUCGUUUCGGUCAUUGGCACCUGGUACUCAGGCAGUCACCCUUGCGUCCUUCCUGUGUCUGGUCGUGGCGUGGCGGAAAGGGUACUUUGCACGCGCGGUAUUGGCGUGGAAACGUUUCAAGUCGAGAUGCCGUCAAGCGCACAGCAACUUCCGGCGGCAAGUGGCAGUCAAGUCCAAAAUUGCCGCGUUCCUCCUUCCCCACGUCAUCUACGCCAUAGUUUGCCACGUCGUGGCGACGUUUUCGCCGGCCCCAGUGUUGGGCCUGCUCUCCCACGGUCUCGUCUUCGCCUGGCUGAGCACAUUCUACCCCGUGUACAAAUCCAUCCGAGCCGUCAAGGCCCACAGAUACACUGACCAGCCCGCGACUGUGUACUUGGAACGAUCUCUGCACUACUGGAUCCUCUGGGCAUUUUACGUGACCGCGCACUGCCUGGUCACGACCUUGCUGCCGCGCUUCGUCCUCGGCUUCUUCCAUCCGUCACCUCUUCGCGUCAACUUUUUCCUCUACUGGCUGCAUGCCAUGAACGGCGCCCAAGUGCUCUAUCGCUUUGCGGUCAAUUACGUGUAUCCGUACUACGCGAGCCAGUCCGAUGCUGCUGCGAGUCUGUCGGUGGCAACCAUCGAGCACGCCCCGCCUGUUGCGUCGACCAACGUCGUCCUCCGCACGUUGACGGCCGUCGGACUCGUGUCCAACCGCACCGCCAACGUCAUGGGGGACCUGAUGGCUCAAGGACCUGCUCUCUGUGGGCUGGUGUUCCUUGUCACCCCCGGCUUCCUCACGAAUGUGGGUUGUGGCGCCGUCGCGUUCGCGUUUCCUGCGUACGUGGCGUUGGGCACGCUGGCCAGAAACCAGCGCCGGACCCAUGAGUGGUGGGUGUGCUACUUUACGGUCGUGGCGGUGGCCGAGUACUCGUUCGGGUCCCUGCACAGCGUGUGGGCGUGGGUGCCGUUCGUGUACCAUGUCAAACUGGUCGGGAUGUUGUGGCUGCAGUUCCCGUACUUUCGAGGCGCUCAGUGGUUGUUUGACGUGUUCUUCAACAACGUGCUGGUUGAUCCGAGGCGGUCAUUGGAACUUGGACCAAGCGCCGAUAUGCCGUCCAAUCCACCUGACCUGGCAGUGCCACAACCCAGCGAUUGAAACACUGUACUGUACAUGGACACACACCCCAUGAAGAGAGGUGAAAGAUGCUGUACUGUAACGGCAAUACAUGACAUAGUUAGCAGAGAAAAUAACAUUGACGAUUAGAGUGUUUAUAUUUCAACA